CAACUAAACUAAUUUAUUUCAAGAGCUUCUUGUAAAGAACAGCCAAAAGUGAAUGUGGUACUCGUCAGUAGAGAAAAAGAAUUGUGAAUCCGAAUAGCUUGAUUCGCUAACCUUGGCUUUUCCUAGUCAUCAAACCCACUGUCUCUUCUUCGAAAAGCAAAAUAACACUUUAUAAUCAUCUUUUGCUUUGUUUUCUUUUGUUUUCUCAUUUCCAUCUCCACUCUUUAUAUACAUUACAUGUCUGAUUACCAACACCAAGUGAUCUAUAUUAAAGGGUUCUAGUGUUGCUGAGAGAGGAAAGAUGUCGGAUUGGGGGCCGGUUUUCAUCGCGGUGGUACUUUUCAUACUUCUAACACCAGGGCUGCUGAUUCAGGUUCCAGGGAGAUCCCGAUAUGUAGAGUUUGGAAACUUUCAGACUAGUGGAGUAUCCAUCCUGGUGCAUUCCAUUAUUUAUUUUGGACUCAUCUGUAUCUUCCUCAUAGCUAUUGGUGUGCAUAUGUAUGUUGGCUCAUAGCUGACCAAAACCAACUACCCAACUCUGUUAGAAUCUCUAAAUUUGUGGUUUUGUAUGUAUUUUCUGUUUCUGUUUGCAUGUGUCUUUUUUAAACCAAAGUUACUACAUUGAUAUUUUUGUUUGUCUUCUGAUUUUGUUCUUCACAUUAAUCUUGCGAAAGAGUUUGAUAAAUAAAAUGUUUUAUUCUGGUUUCUGAA